AUGGCUGACUCAGACGCCAGCGCGGACACAGAUGCGUCCAUUGGGCGCAAGAGGACUGCUCCGCGUCCACCGUUGGCGGGCUCUACUGGCUCGGAAACGGAGACGGAUGAGCGAGUCCGCGCCAAGGAGAACAAGGCGCGUAGGGGUAGGCCCAUUGGGUCAGGGAGUGGCACGGUUCUUACCCGGGCGCGCGCGGAUCUGCGCAGGAUGGAGGCUGAGGCCAGGGAGGCGGAAUUUGAGCGCGCGCUUGAGGCGCGCGCUUUUCGUAAAAAGACGGGCAAGGCAGACAAGGCAGUCUUUGAGUUUGGCUCAGACCUGUCUGCCCCUGAGAGCCGGGAGGAUGCAAACGCUGCUAUGGAUGUGCAGGGCCUGCGGGCAGAGGCAGGGCGAAAUGUGACGGAGAUUUUCCAUGUUGCCAGGACCUCUGGCAACUUGAAGGGUGAAUAUGUCCGCCGUCUCAAGACGGCUGCAGCGGCCCUAACGGGGAUAGUGGACACCCUGGCGGCUCGUUCAUCGAACGAAGAGACGAGAAAGGUUGCGGCCGAUAAUGAGAGGCUGCGUAAGGAGGUGGAGAACCUGAAGGCGGAGGAACAGGAUAGGUUUGUCCGAAUAUGUUAUGAGGAAAUACGGAUAUUAUGU